CAAAAGAUCUGCAACUGGGACUGGGAGCAGAGCUGUAAAUCCAGGACUAACUCUUAGGAUCCAGAAGUCUGCGCUACUCCAGGAUGCUGGUCUCCAUAUACGAGUGGUUCUGGUGGGAUCGUCUCUGGCUCCCGGGGAACUUGACAUGGUCUGACCUGAAGAACAGAGAGGGCCAGGUCUACGCUAGGGCCUCACACCUGUACGCUGCCAUCCCCUUCACCGUGGGCUUCCUGCUCGUACGCUUCAUGUUUGAGAGGUGGAUAGCCACACCUUUGGCACUGAUGGCUGGAGUAAAGAAGAGGAUCCAUGUCCAAACAGAAGAUAACGCAGUUCUGGAGCACUAUUACAGCAGACAGAGCAAACAGCCCUCACAGGCAGACUUGACGGGGCUGUGUAAGAAGACUGGGCUGAGCAUGAGGCAGGUGGAGCGUUGGUUUCGGAGGCGGAGGUGUAUGGACCAGCCUGGAGUGCUCAGGAAGUUCACAGAAAGCUGCUGGAGGUUUUUCUUCUACCUAUUGGCAUUUGUUGGCGGAAUUCUGGCGGUAUAUGAUAAAGAAUGGUUCUAUGACACCAGAGAAGUAUGGACAGAUUUUCCGAAUCAGCCAUUGCUGGACUCUCAGUACUGGUACUACAUUCUGGAGAUGAGCUUCUACUGCUCUCUGCUCCUCAGUGUGGCCUUUGACAUCAAGCGAAAGGACUUCAAGGUGCAGAUCAUCCACCACUGUGCCACUCUGGUGCUGCUAUUUUUCUCCUGGUGUUGUAACUACAUCCGAGUGGGGACCCUGGUGAUGCUGGUGCACGAUGCUUCUGACGUGCCCCUAGAGUCUGCCAAGUUAUUCAGCUACGCCAAGUGGGAAAAAAUGUUCAAGACCCUCUUUUUUCUGUUUGUCAUUGUCUUCAUGCUGACACGGCUUGUUGUUUUUCCAUUUUGGUUGAUCCACAGUACCUGGGUGUAUCCGCCCCAGUACUAUCCUCCCUUCUUUGCGUACUACUUCUUCAAUGUCAUGCUGCUGAUUCUCCAAGCCCUGCAUGUAUUCUGGGCCUACCUCAUCCUCCGCAUGCUCUACAAAUUUGUCUUUGGCACACUGACCAAAGAUGAGAGAAGUGACAAUGAAGCUGAAGAGGAGCUGAGCCCAGAGGAGGAAGAGGAGGAUCAUUAUAAAAGUGUGGUCCAGGAAAAGGGUCAGAAUGGGUGCUCUGAGCUCCUGCCCCCUCCUCACACAAACUGCCCAUCCAAGACUGUGUAUUGACCUGUGCUCUCCGUGGGCAGGACUAACGAGUGACCAGGCUCUUCUCAUCGUGCAACCUCAUAGACUUUUUAUAUAGAGAACGAUUUAUGGAUGCUAGUGGAAAAAAAAUGUAUUUACCUUGCCUAUUGAGAAAGUUAUAUCUCUGUAU